AUGGACAUAUCGACAGCAAAGGUCGUGCUGGCUCUCGAUGCAACGUGGGGCGUUCCUGACAAGCACGGAGACAUCCCGAAUGCACACGUGCGUACCGGACACGAAGCUCACCUCGAUAUCUGCCUGCAGGUGCUACGUGGGAUGAGCGUGUCAGAGAGUAUUCUGUACAAGGUAGGUGCCGCGCAUCCAGGCGAGGUCGUCUUGAAGCUAAUGGGGAGCCUGCACUUGCUGAAGCAGGCCGGUCGCCUCUAA